AACGCGGGGACCCACGUCAUACUAGAUGACGUAUGACAAAGUAACAACAAGGAGAAAAAAGAUUAUUUUCAAUAAUACAAUUCCUAAUACACACAAAGUCUUAAGAUAUGUCUGAAAAAUCAAAGAAUUUCGAUAUGAGAAUAGUUUAUGAAAAUUUUGAAAUAGCUCUUUCUAAAGAAGACGACGUACAACUACAAAAUUACCUAGAAAGUUUUGAAGAGCUGAAUAAAUUUUUUACUCUGAUUGGCACAGUUUUCAGUUUUGUAAGUAAUGAUCUCAAAGCGAAAAUGGAUAUAUUAUAUGAACUUCUUAAAGACCCAGAAAAUGGGAAUAAUUUUGCCACAACUAAAGCAAUGAUUGAUUAUGAAUUACAGAAUGAUUUAUUGAAUAAAAAAGAUUAUACAUCAGGAGCUAGGACACUUCUUCGGUUACAUAGAGGUUUGGAUUUCAUACAAUUGUUUUUGAAGAAAUUGGGUGAUCUCAAAGAUGAAGAAAGCACCUCCACUGCCUGCAGAGAAGCAUAUGACCAAACUCUAUCAAAACAUCAUACCUUUCUCAUUAGAAAUGGUGCUAGGAUUGCAAUAUACACACUGCCUACAAAAGAAGUUUUACUGAAACGGGUUUGUGGAGGCGAAGAAGACAUAAAACAAGCCUUGGAUAUGUUACCUAGAACCCUGGAAGUUACGUCUUCAGUGUUCCAAAGGAUAGAAAAUCUGUAUAGCAAACAUAAACUUCAUGAACUGCCUUGAAACAACAUUAUUACAAAUUUGUGUAUCUCCUUUGAGGAUGAUCCACUGAUGAACCAAAAAUGUGUAUCAUAUUUUCACAAUGAAUAAUUUUCGGCUUGCUGUUAUAACGAGUAUUGGAAGUAACUUGCCAGAAUUAAACUACAAGUAUUAGAGAUUAAUUGAAAAAGUUGAAUCGAAAUAAGGUCGUUCAGUCAAGUUAAAAUCAGUUUUUCUUAGUUCAUUUUGAAUUGGGUGAUUUUUUGAAGUAAUUGUUAUCACAUUCCGAUCAAGUUUCGGAAAAAAUAGCUUAUGCUAGUGAUAAUAAUUUUAUUGUAUCAACAACUUGCUUGUGAAUGUUGUCUUUCGUGUGGUAUAUUGAAUGGAAGUCACUUUUUGGGGAGGAAAAACCGGGUUUGUUGAUUUUUGUUGGCAUCAUUGAUCUUCAAUCUGAAAAAAUUAAUGUAGUAGUGAACUUCAAAUUGCUGUCUGAUUCCUGGUUUAUAAUUCAUAUGUAAGUUAUGUUAUAUAAUCUAGUGUGAAGGUAAAUACUAUUUUGAUAGUAUUAUUGAACUUUUAAAAAGUAUAUCUGUUUUUUUAAUCAGUUGUCGCACCCUACGAAGAACAACUGUCAAAAGACAAAACUUGUGCGAGCUAAGGAUUAACGAGAUCUCAGCUUUUGACGUGCAAUUCCUAGCAAGAGACAGAAAAGUUUUUUUUUAAAUUCCCUGUUUUUUUUCAAAUCAAAAUGAGGUUCAAAGCUACAAUAAUGUUCCAAAAAAUAAAAAUAUUUUCUUUACAGGGUUUUCUAUAUUUUGAACAUUCAAAUUAGAAUACUUCAGAGUUGUGUUUGUGAAAUAAUUUUGUUAAUGUUUACUUGAGUUGGUUUAAUAUUAUGGUUUUCAUCUAGAUGCUUCCAAUAUGUUUUUUAUAUAUGUAACCUAUGUUUCAAUGCAAUAUCUACAGCCAUGUUAGGAAUCACACAUUAAAAGGUAAGACUACGUUAAUCCUUAGCUCAUGCAAGGUUCGACUUUUGAGGAUUGUUGUGUCACAACAAAAUCAUUAAAUGUAUGUGUAAAAUAAAUUGCGUUUAUUGGCUGAGCCAUUAAAUACUCAGCUCAUCGGUCAGUUGUUCAAAUAAUGUUCUUGGAAUCGCACGUAAAAAGGUAAGGACUCAUUAAUCUUUAUCUCAUACAAGUUUGGACUUCUGGGAGUGGUUGUUCGUUAAGAGCGACAGUUGGUUAAUGGAAAAACAGAACAGGAGAAUCAGACAUAGUUUCAUCACUCGUCGCCAUCAGGACUCUACCAAAUUUUUUUCAAAUCGUAAGAGGGUCUUGUGAUACCUCGUUUGAGGUAUUUCAGUUCUCUAUCAUUAGAAACUCACUCUAGUUAAUUCCAAUGAAUGUUCACCAUUUACUUCCUAAUUUCCUAUUCCUGGGGUUAUUUCUUUGGAUGCACACCUGUUUCUAUCCAUGAGUUCUGAAUUGACCUGCGAUUGUAUGUUGUACACUCAAAUGUCACACAUCUAGAGGUGUCAUAUCAGUUGAUAUGGCAAGCCAUUCUAAGAGAUCGUGUUUCACUAUUUACCGGUUUGGAUAAUUGCGAAAACCAAAUGAGUUUUCAAGUGAUGUUACGUUUCAGCAAGAUGUGGUACCAGACUGGUUUGAAAAUGGCUUAAUCACUAUCAUCUAAACCAGUGGAUAGGUAAACGCCCCAUAAAAUGGCCCGCUGGAUCUCCAGACAUGAUACCUCUAGAUCUUUUUGAGGGUACAUAACAUUCAAGUUAUGAUUUCAGAAUUCCUGGAUAUAAAAAAAUUUGCAACAAAAUUAUUCCGUGUUAGGAAUCACACGUUAAAAGAUGAGACCUCGUUAGUCCUUAGCUCGCACAAGUUUCGACUUCUGAGGGUUGUGGUUCGUAGGGGUGCGACAGCUGUUUAACGGAAAAGCAGAUUUUAAACAGAUUUUUUUUAACAUUCCACAAUGUAAGGAAUGAAUUUGUAAACAGUGAAUGUCAAGAAUUGGAAUAAACUAGAGCGAGUUUUCAAUCAAUCAUUUGUUUGCAAAUCUUGAAAGUAAUAUAAAACUGCAAUCACCGAUUCCACAAACAAAAUGUCUUAGAAAAUUGAAAUACUCAUCAAAAGAGGUAUCACACGAUGCCCUGUCAUUUGAGAAAGGGUCAUUGUGACAGUAUUGCCUUUUUUUUUCGGAGAGUACGAGAAAUGAUGCAUUACUAAGUUGAUUUUGUCCGACCUUGAUAUCUUGUCCCAUUCAAAAGUCAACAGAGAAAAUUUUUUAUGUUCACACACUAUAGUAGUUUACAUUUUCAUACAUUAUUAUAACAAAUGCAAGGCCUAAAGUAUUGAAAUGAAUAUUUUACUUUUUUUUAAGUUUUGUGAUAUGAAAAUUAUAUACAACAUAUUAAA